UUCUGGUGACUACAAUGGAUUCUUGUUCCCAUUCUUCGCGCGGCUGGUUGUUGGUACAUACAGUCAUACAUACAUACAGUAUAAAAGAUGAUAAGACACCAGAGAGAGAGAGAGAGACAGAGAGAGAGAGAGGGAGAGGGAGAAAUAAUGGCCUUGUUUGGUUUGGCCCUUUGUGCUUUUGUCCAACCACCGUCCCCCGGUGAGAAAAGCAGCAGAUGAUACAAAAAGAAAACAGUAGUUAGCAACUCUUACUUAUAAGACCUACCACUCAAACCCCACUUCUCACACACACAUUUCUCUUUUCUUUUGAAGAGGCAUUAUGGACAAUCAAAGAAGUCUUCUUAGUUGGCCUUACUUCUGCCAAGGAAAGACAAUGGAUGAACUAAGGCAUUCACUUGUGUACACUACUCUGGAGCUUGAGCAAACAAGGCUAGCAGUACAAGAGGAGCUAAGAAGGAGAGAUGAACAGUUAAUUUAUCUCAAAGAUCUGCUUACUAAAGCUAUCAAAGAAAAGGAGGAGACACAAGAAAAAUGCCAAAGACUGCUCCUUGAUAAAAUCUUGGUUCAACAACAGCAACAGCAACAGCAACUGCAAGCAGCAGCUCCUCUGUCAGGAGUUUCUAGCAUUGAAGAUGAACCCAAAAGAGGAAUUGACUCCAGCAAUGGCUUCUCAUCAUCAGAUUGUGAAGAAAGCAUAGUUUCAUCCCCUGUUUUUGACCCAACCCAUUUGACUCGACCACCAGCACCAGCACCAGCACCAGCACCACCGCCACCACCAUCUUUGCCGGAAACAGACAUAGAGUUGGUGUCUGAUAAGCCAUUACCUGAAAAAGGAAAGCUUUUACAUGAAGUGAUGAAAGCCGGUCCACUCCUCCAGAACCUCCUCCUGGCAGGACCACUUCCUCAAUGGAGGCACCCACCACCACCGCUAGAGACCUUUGAGAUCCCACCUGUGACCAUCCCUUCACCAUCACAACCACCACCAGUUAAUGCUUCCAACACCAUAAACCAAUGCGGUAAAGUGAACAAGAAAAGGGUUCUCUGUGAUGGCUCUGAUUAACCCACAGAGACCAAGCACCAGACAAUACUUCUUCUUCGCUGACCCUUAUCUACUGAAUUUAAUCAACACAAUCUUACAAAUUAUCUUAUUUUACUAGAACUUACGGUUAGUGAAGAUCGAAAUUCCAAGUUGGGCAUGUUAGUGAUCAAGCAUUUGUGCAGAGGCUGCUUGUUUUAUUAGUGUAGAAGCUUUAUUCCAACUAGAGGAGAAAGGUAGAGGCUUGCUAUUUUUGAUUUCUACCAAUGUUUGGGGUGGAGAUUUUGACAAAUCUUUUAGUUUUCAUUGCUCCUUGAUGUGAAAGGUAGCUUUUGUUUCUCCAAAUUUGCUGUGGCAAAUUGCAAUUGGCAUGUAAAAUAUAACUUGAAUGAUUAGUUUAGCAAGUGUGUGUGUAUGUUUGAGAAAUUGAGAGAGAGAGAGAGAGAGUGAGCACAUCAAACAUUAAAAUGAUGGAUGGGUGUGGAGUUGUUAGGAUUGGAAGACGGGGUAUGGCCAACAACCAUGAGGUCCAAUGCCAUAAGCUUGUCGGGUUGGGGUUGAGUGGAGGGAUCCCACAAAUCGGAAUCAGGAUCUACCACUGGUGUAAUUUAUGAUUAUAUGGGUCUUCUCUUUAGGGAAGUAUGAUUAUCGAAUUUUAAUCUUAAUGUUUCUCCA